AUGGCACCAAGAGUCACCAAGAACAAGGGCAGCAAGGCCGGAACGAGAAGAAGCACCAGAAACACCGCCGGCAACAGCAGCAACUUCAACAGCAGCAACACCAAUACCACCAGCGCCACCACUACUGCUGCUGCUGCUGCUACUACUUCUACUCCUACCGCCGGCCCAACUACACCUGCCCCUCCUGCUACUACUACUACUGCCGCCGCCGCCGCCACAACUCGUCGCAGAGUUGACCGAAUAGCCCUCACGCGCGCCAUCCUGCAGCAACAAGUCGGCCCAGUUCGGGUCGAUUACGCUGCCCUGGAGCGUCGUUUCCCUGGGGUCAACAGACGGGCCCUCCACACCCAGGUCCACCGGCUUGGGAAGGACCUUCAAGUGCCCUUUGUGGGCACUGGGAGGAGCCAUCCAAGACGGAAGACCCGGCGGGACGAUGAGGCCGAGGAGGAAUCCGAGGCGGAGUCCGAGUCUGAGGGCGAGGGUGACACCCCCGAUGGGGGAGUCCCCGACCCCAAGGAUGGUGGAGGGGGCGAUUAUGAUAAGGACAAGGGCAACGAUGGUGCUAGUGCGGCCGCUAUUGCGGUUGAGGCCUGA